AUGCAUAUACUACGAUGGACAUUCUUAUUGUUCACAUUGUGCGGCUGUUUUCCACCGGCUUCGUGGAAAACACCCCGCAAAAAAUUUUUGUACAAGAUUUAUACGGUAUUCUCGCUCCUGGUCUUGAAUACUUUCUUUCUUUGUUUAAUAAUGGAUAUGAUAUACAAUGUAGAAAACAUAGACGACUUCAGUGACAAUUUUCACGUGACAGUGGGAUCGUUCCUCAUAAGCAUCAAAGUCUCCGUUAUACUGAUAUAUCGCGAAAGCUUCGUACGUUUGCGCGACACUCUACAGAAAGAGCCACUUUUGCCAAUGAAUCAACAAGAAUUCGAAAUUUUGUUGAGAUUCGACAAAAUUACCGACUGGAACACAUUUGUUUAUAUGACGAUACUCAUGUCUAGUAAUUUUUAUCUAUUUAUGGAAUCGCUUCUGACGUAUAAGAAAAGACAACUAACGUAUCGAACAUGGGUACCAUACGACUAUUCGUCUACAUCUGCAUUUCUGCUUACUUUGCUUUAUCAAUCGUUAUUCACGACGAUAUGCUCCUUUGGAUGCAUCGCUACUGAUUCUCUGUACAGUGGCCUGUUGAUACAUAUUAACUGCCAAUUCGAAAUACUAGAGCAUCGUCUGAAGAACAUCGAAUCGAACCAGAAUUACUCAGUGAAGCUGUGUGUUCGUCAUCACGAUCACAUAUACAAAUUUGGCGAAAUGGUGAACGAGGAAUUUAGGGCGAUCUUUUUUUUCCAAUUCUAUACAAGUCUGUGUAUGAUCUGUUUCAACAUUUAUCAAAUAACACAAAUCGAGAUUGAUUCGAACAUUAUAGGCAGGAUUCUCUUUAUGAACUAUUCGUUGAUGCAGAUAUUUUACUACUGUUGGUUCGGGAAUGAAGUCAAGCUUAAGGUUCAACAUUACGACGAAGAAUGUAAUAAAACCUUAAGGUUGGAUUUCCUAUUUGGCGAAAUGGUGAACGAGGAAUUUAGGGCGAUCUUUUUUUUCCAAUUCUAUACAAGUCUGUGUAUGAUCUGUUUCAACCUUUAUCAAAUAACACAAAUGGAAAUGGAUUCGAACAUCAUAGGAAGGAUCCUCUUUAUGAACUUCUCGUUGAUGCAGAUAUUUUACUACUGUUGGUUCGGGAAUGAAGUCAAGCUUAAGAGUUUGGAACUUUCUGAUGUAAUAUUCAGAAGCGACUGGACAUCGUUAAAUAACAACGUUAAGAGAGCUUUUUUGAUGUUAAUGAGGCGCGCUAUGAGACCGAUCGAAUUUACCAGCAUUUACGUCAUCUCCGUCAAUCUUGAGUCCUUCAUGACAGUCAGUAUCGUCUAA